ACUGAGUCGGGUCGCGCGAUGACGAUUCUCAAAUAUUGUUGUUGCCUCUUCGUCGUCGUUCCCGGAACGCGGCCUCUUUCCUCAGUUUAGUCAGCUCAGCUGCCUCGCGUACUUGUAUGUACCUGGCCUUUCGUGUCCGAUAAUUGAUCGUAUACGAAUUCCAAAUCGCGCAAUCAUGUUCCGCACAAAAUGCAAGGAGCACGAUCACUCGUCCUUUUACAAGUUCUUACAAAUGGAGCACAACCAUAAGAAUCUGGAUUGUUUUUUUUACUAUUCAACGUGCAAAAAGGGCGACUUUUGCCCAUAUAGACAUGAACCAUCUGCUCUAGGUUGUGAAACUACGUGCACAUAUUGGCAACAGGGAAAUUGCCUUAAUGAGCACUGUAAUUUCAGACACAUGGAAUUAAAGAAAAAUCGCAAGUCAAUUCCUUGUUAUUGGGAAACACAACCUGGAGGAUGUAGAAAGCCACAUUGUCCAUUUUUGCAUGCGACUGCACGCAAUCUUUCCAAUGACCCUAUCAAUCCUGUGAAGACCACAGAAGUAGCAACAAAAUCACCUAACCAAGAAUGGCUCAACCGUCAAGAUGACCCCAAGUAUGAUGGCAGCAGUACUACCGAGUCGGACCAAGGUAGAGGAAACAGCGAGGCCGGUAGUUUUAUUGGUAGUCCCGCCGUUGAUCCUCUCAUCGUUAAAUUUGAAGAAGCUACUCUCUCUCUACCGCCUAGCUUGCAAACAAAUAUGAAUCUCCCGAACGCGCUCGGUAUCCCGAAAAACUUGACAAUCCCUAACAAUCCUAACAGCCUCAACAUCCCCGGUAGCAUCAGCGUAACAAAUAACUUAAAUGUACCACCGCCGACCAAUUCGCAAUCUUCUCCCUGCCAUCACACACUGUCCUAUCCGCAUCAUCAACAAAAUUUACACUCUCAUUCUCACUCUCCUGGGCAGUCUCUGUCAUCGUUGCAAAAUCAACAGAGCUCCCCGCUCCUCCAGCAAACGCCAUACACGUCGAUUCAUACGCAGCAAACCCCACAACCGCAGACCUCCCGAUUUCCCUUUCCGUUUCUCGAAUCCGAUAAUGAAAGUGCACCGUCACCGGUAAAAUCGCAGCCCAAGGUUCCAUACUGCAAGACCUACGAACAGAUGAGACUAGAGGAGAUCCAGGCGGAGAGCGCGGCUUAUUACUCAUACGAGGCCGGAAACGAUGCUAAACUUUUCCGCAAUCAGGCGGAUAUUGGCAACGCUAGGAGGAUCUCUAAUCGAUGGGUGAAUUCACUCAAGGUAGAACAACCGGUGAAGGAUUUGGACUUUCAAGUGUUGAGCCUGGAGGAGAUUCGACGACGAAAGAAGGAGAAAGAGCUGGUCGCUAAAGUUUUAAUGGAUACGUCGGACGAAAUUCAAACGAAGCCUCCAUCACCGAUCGAAAUAACUAGAACCACAAAAAAGCGUUCGAUCGAGUGCAUUGAAGGAAGCUCGGUUAGUCCUACCAAGAAGCGCAGGAUCAGCUCCGAGUUCGCCAAGAGUAGCGAACCCAUCAUCAAGACGCCACCGAUAAAGCUGCGAAGGACUCUAAAAAGCGUUAGUAUGGCAAAUGAGACCGAGACUGAAUCAUGCAAAGAUACAGCCGGGAUGGUGAAAGGUCAAGAUGAUGAGAUAUCAUGUCGCGAGAGGCUGGAGAGCCACAGCAACGAGUCUGUUAACGCGAACAGGAGAAGCGAGGUGGAGGUCAGACUAUGCGACAGCAGUACAAAUGAGGAGAAAACUCAAACGCAACCGGAACAAGCGAUGGAUGACAGGAAAUCGGUCGCCACGUACACGAUGGAGGAUAUCAUAAGCAGUGCGCUAUUGACCGGUCAAUCGUAUACGAACACCGAGGAUGAGUAUCUAAGAUUAGACUAUCCGACGUCCGAUGAUAUUAUGAAAGAUAUCGAAGACUUGCUCAAGUAGGAAAAUUGCGGUUUAAGCGACCUUAGACGAACUUAUGCAUAAGUAGAGAUACUCCACUCACUGAGGAUUAUAUUCUACUCUUCUUCUUCAAGGUUCAAAAAUAUUUAAAAAAAUUUGAUAUAAAAAUAUUAUCUAUUCUCUUUUUAUAGUAUUUAAAUAGACAUAAAUUAAAAAGCACUUAAAAAAGAAAGGAUUAUAUUACGAUCUCUUAUAUCGUUAUAAUUAGUUAAUUGAUUAUUCAUAUUAGAGUUUCAUUUUAAUUUCUGAAACUUGUUAUGUGUUAUUAUAUUUCGAAAUAUAGCAAAUUACAAAUAUUAGUUUCAAUAUGUACAUAAAUUAGCAUUUCUCUUAUAUCUGAUCUCAAUAAUAAUUCAUAAUUUUUUAAUUAUGAAAUUCUCGAGAAAAAUUGAAAUAAUAAAUAUAAUAUUCUACACGAUAUAUUUUGGACGUGUAGAGUAUAAACAUCACUUAGAGAGAAUGAAUGAAAGUUAAAUUAAAAUCUAGUAAUCAGAUUAAUGCAGAAUGAUAUUUCAUUGCACAAGUCGAGAUUAAUAGAUAGUAGAUCUUAUUUGAAAUGCACACAAAAUAUUAAAAAAAAAUGUAAAUUCUAUACUUCAAAGUUUUAAUACUUACUUCAAUCGAUAUUAUAUAUGUCUUUGACGUUGAGAUUCCUGAUCCCUUAUUGACGUCAUAUCAUAUUGAAGUAUGUCAAAUCGUGUGAAAUUAUUUUCUUGCAUAAUAUGAAAAUUGUGCAAGAAAAUAAUUGAAAAUUGUGCAAAAUAAAUCAAUUUAAAAAAAAUUUAUUUUGUUAUAAUAUAGAUUAGUAAAUUAAAUCGAAGAUUAUUUUUUUGAUUCGCGUUAAAUUAAAAUAAAUAGCUGAUAUUUAAUCAACUAUCGCAGGAAUUUUUAUUGAAAAUAAGAUUGCAAUAUAAAUUAUAUAUGCAUUUAGGGCCGGUUGUUCCAACUCUUGGCAAGUUUUAGCCGACAAGUAGUAUAUCUUUGUCUCCUUUUUUAGAACUGAUCUGAAAAGAGACGAAAAUAUGCUAUCUGUGAGGUAAAAAUUACCGAAAAGUUGGAAAAAUCGGCUCUUAGUAUUAAAAAAAAUUUUCAGUAUAUUUUACCGAGUCUAUAAAAUGCGAGUGAUAACAUACGAUAAAUGUAUUUCAACAUUUCGUAAAAAAAAAUUUCUUCAUAAUUCAAUAUGAUUAUAGGAAACGGGAGCCUUAAAGAUUUAGGCCAUAUCGAAUGUAUUUAUUAUAUAUUAUUAUUUUUAAAGCCUGUAAACAUUUCUUUUUGUACCAAAUUACGUGAUAACUAUAAUAAUGUUAUAGUUAUAUAGAAUUAUAUGAUAAUAUUAUGUGCGUGCACGUACACACACUGUUGCAAUUUUGCAAUAAAUGUCUGCUGGAGUUUAUAUAACUCUGGUAUUACUUCUUCUAUUCAAUAAUUCACUAAUAUAUCACAAAGGCAUAAUUUUAUUUUAGAUAAGCUCAGAGAAAGAAUUAAACAUGUACAUUUUUAUUAUUUGUACAUUUUUAUAAUCUUUAUUGAUAUUUAAUAAUUAAUUGAGUAUAAUCAAAGCACAACUUUGUCACAUUAGUACUAAUUUAAACUUAUCCACAAAGUGUUUUUUUUUACUCGUAGAAGUAAUCCAGGAUUAAACGCGCCAGCAGAUCUAUAUCGCAAUAGAUAAUUUCUAGUGAGGAUUUAGGAAAUACAACGUGUCUUCGAAUUGUAAAUUAAUUAUUAAGUCGAAAUAAAUAUACAAUUGUUACAUUUGCAAGGUAAAACGAUGAUCUCUUUCUGCUUGCACACAUUCCGCUUUCCUUUAUUUCUUAUAAUUGGUUCAAUUGUUUCGAUUUGGACGAUAAUAUAGGAGGGAUCGUUGAUAUCUUUGCGAUUAUCGAUUAUGCUAAGAGGAUUAACGAAACGGCAUCGAGAUACAUAUGAAUUAUCGGAUCGAGAUGAACACGUUCGGGAAGGAGUUGCGCUUGAUUUCUAAUAGGAAAUCGCACGAUCGUUAUUUAUCUUGAUUUACAGUCGAUAUCCAAUAUUAGAUACAUGAUUUACUCUCUGCAAUUAAAUAUUUGAUACAGCAAGAACGAAUGUAUAGGAUCUCGCAAACGAAUUCUCCGAUUAGAAAACAAGCAUUGAGAGAAUUCUCGAUUAAAUGUACAUACUAUUUAUUUAGAAUGCAUAAUCGUACGCUUAACAUAUCUGGCCUAAGGGAAAUCACAAUCGGCAUUUUCGGUUCUUCUUUUUUUCUCUUUUUCUUUUUCUCUCACUCUCUCUCUCUCUCUCUCUCUCUCUCUCUCUCCUUCUCUCUCGAACCUUGCACCGAAUAUAAAUUACGAAUUGAUUUUAUCAAGUGUAUUUAGAGAAUUAUAGAGUCAACUAUGUAUAUAUUUAUAUAUAAAUGACUGGGUCGAGAUAUUCUUACGAUGUACACACAACAAACUCACGUUUAUUAUCUCCUGAUUCUCUCCGCUCUGUUUUACACGAGUAUAAAUAAUAACGUAAUACCGACUUAGAAACUAUUUUUAUUUCCCUUUCUCUCGCCUACAAGAAUUACAUCUACGAAACGUUGCGAAUAAAAACUGCGAGAAUUCUCGAGAGCGAUUUUUCUCUCUUUUUCCCCUCUCCGAUUUUCACGCUAAUUAUUUUUACACGAGUUGCACAUUGCCGAUGAUUCAUAUUUUUUUUCACCGCGUCUCACCUUGCCCGAUUCUAUUUCAAAGAUAUUGGAAGUAUAAUUGUAUACGAAUAAAAUGAAGCUGUGUAAUUAUAAAAUUGUGCAUA